AUGGUCGAACUGGAGAAGGAGGUGCUCCCUCUGCCCCCUCGGUACCGGUUCCGAGACCUGUUGCUCGGGGACUGGCAAACCGACGACAGGGUGCAGGUAGAGUUCUAUGUGAAUGAGAACACUUUCAAGGAGCGCCUCAAGCUGUUCUUCAUCAAAAACCAAAGAUCCAGUCUGCGAGUGCGAAUGUUUAACUUUUCUCUGAAAGUGCUGAGCUGCCUCCUCUACAUUGUCAGAGUCCUACUGGACAACCCGCAAGAGGGAAGACAGGACUGGAAACUGAUCAUCUGGGUGGAGAGACCCCUACCGCUGUGGGCGCUGCAGGUGCUUGUGGCUUUCAUCAGCUUUUCAGAAACUAUGUUGCUAGUCUAUCUCAGCUACAAGGGUAACGUUUGGGAGCAAGUAUUACGAGUCCCCUUCAUUCUGGAGAUGAUCAGCGCUGUUCCCUUCAUGAUCACUGUGAUUUUGCCCUCCUUCAGAAACCUCUUCAUUCCUGUAUUUCUCAAUUGCUGGCUGGCCAAACACGCUUUGGAGAACAUGAUAAAUGAUCUCCACAGGGCGAUCCAGCGGACGCAUUCAGCCAUGUUUAACCAGGUGGUGAUUCUCAUCAGCACGCUGGUCUGUCUCAUGUUUACAUGUAUCUGCGGUAUCCAGCACCUGGAACGAGCGGGCAACAACCUGACCCUGUUCGACUCGCUGUACUUCUGCGUGGUCACCUUCUCCACGGUGGGCUUCGGAGAUGUCACCCCCCAAAUCUGGCCCUCGCAGCUCCUGGUGGUCAUCAUGAUCUUUGUGGCGCUCAUUGUGCUUCCCAUCCAGUUCGAGCAGCUGGCCUUUCUGUGGAUGGAGCGGCAGAAGUCGGGGGGGAACUACAGUCGCUACAGGGCGCAGACGGAGAAACACGUGGUGCUGUGUGUCAGCUGCCUCAAGAUUGACCUCCUCAUGGACUUCCUCAAUGAGUUCUUUGCUCACCCCCGACUACAGGACUACUACGUGGUGAUCCUUUGCCCAGCAGAGAUGGAUGUCCAGGUUAGGAGGGUCCUCCAUGUCCCUCUGUGGGCCCAGCGAGUCAUCUACCUGCAGGGUUCUGCCCUCAAAGACCAAGACCUGAUGAGAGCCAAGAUGGACGAUGCUGAGGCCUGCUUCAUCCUCAGUAACCGGUUUGAAGUGGACCGCAUUGCUGCCGAUCAUCAGACCAUCCUCCGAGCCUGGGCAGUGAAAGACUUCGCUCCAAAUUGCCCCCUCUACGUCCAGAUUCUCAAGCCAGAGAACAAGUUCCACGUCAAAUUUGCAGAUCAUGUGGUGUGUGAGGAAGAGUUUAAAUACGCUAUGCUGGCUUUGAACUGCGUGUGCCCGGGUACCUCGACGCUCAUCACUCUUUUGAUCCACUCCUCCAGAGGACAGGAGGGCGGUGCAUGUUCGGCGGACCAAUGGCACCGAACCUACCGGCGCUGCUCUGCCAAUGAGGUGCAUCACAUCCGCCUGGAGGAAAGUAAAUUCUUCGGGGAAUACCAGGGCAAGAGUUUCACCUUUGCCUCCUUCCAUGCUCACAAAAAGUAUGGAGUAUGUCUGAUUGGAGUGCGCAGAUUGGACACCACCAACAUCCUGCUGAACCCUGGUCCCUGCCACAUCAUGGGGGCCUCUGACACAUGCUUUUACAUCAACAUCUCCAAAGAGGAGAACUCAGCAUUUGUCAGGGGCCAGAGGGAGCCAUCAUGGGGCGGCACGGGAGGAAAUGCCAGGGGAGUGCCCCAAACCAUCUACCAUGGACUCACCCGCCUGCCAGUCCACAGCAUCAUCGCCAGCAUGGGCACGGUGGCCAUCGACCUGCAGGACUCCAGCGACAGAAGCAGGAGCAACUCCAGGACGGAGAUGGGUGGCGCUAACACUCUGGCCCUGCCCGCCAUUGGAGACUCAGCCGAGGAGAGGCGGCACAGCAUCGCUCCCGUCCUGGAGCUGGUGGAUGGUGUCAACAACCCCACCUUUGACCUGCUGGGGGACCAGUCAGAGGACGAAGGAGGGGAGGAGGAGGUAACUGUGGGCUUGUGGUACAGGUGGGUGAAGGGAUACCCGCUGAACUCUCCAUACAUCGGCAGCUCGCCUACGCUGUGCCACCUCCUUCAAGAGAAGAUGCCUUUCUGCUGCCUGCGCAUGGACAAGGCUUGCCACCACACCCUUUUCGAGGAUGCCCGCUCGUAUGGCUUCAAAAACAAAUUGAUCAUCGUGUCGGCGGAGAGUGCAGGCAACGGUCUGUACAACUUCAUUGUGCCCCUACGGGCCUACUACCGACCCAGGAAGGAGCUCAACCCCAUCGUGCUGCUGCUGGAGAGCAUACCUGAAGCAGACUUCCUGGAGGCAAUCUGUUGGUUCCCCAUGGUGUUCUAUACUGUGGGCUCCAUUGACAAUUUGGACAGUUUGCUGCGAUGUGGAGUGACUUUCGCCAACACCAUGGUGGUGGUCGACAAGGAGAGCUCCAUGAUUGCGGAGGAGGACUACAUGGCUGAUGCAAAGACUAUCGUCAACGUCCAGACCCUCUUCAGACUGUUCCCAGCUCUUAGUAUCAUCACGGAGCUCACCCACCCAGCCAACAUGCGCUUUAUGCAGUUCAAAGUCAAAGACCACUACUCUCUGGCCCUGUCCAAGCUGGAAAAGAAGGAAAGGGAGAAGGGGUCCAAUCUGGUGUUUAUGUUUCGCCUGCCCUUCGCUGCAGGGAAGGUGUUCAGUGUCAGCAUGCUGGACACUCUCCUCUACCAGUCAUUUGUGAAGGACUACAUGAUCUCCAUCACCAGACUGCUGCUGGGUUUAGACUCCAUGCCUGGCUCAGGUUUCCUCUGUGCUAUGAAAAUCACAGAGGAUGACCUGUGGAUCCGCACCUACGGCAGACUCUAUCAGAAGCUGUGCUCCUCCAAUGGAGACAUUCCCAUCGGCAUCUACCGGACAGAGGCUCAUAAGCUUCCAGUCUCUGAGUCCCAGGUGUCCAUCACGGUGGAAGACUACGAGGACACCAGAGAGCCCAGGGAGCCCCUGUUGUCCCGGACCAGUGCUCAUCGUAACUCCACCUCCUCGGAGCCCGUCUCCACCUCUUCCCACUCCUCAGACCACCCCCUGCUCAGGAGGAAGAGCAUGCAGUGGGCCCGGCGGCUGAGCAGGAAGGGGGGUCGGGGCUCCAGCGCGGCCAAGGGGGGUCCGGGCAGCGCGGCGGAGAGGAUCAGCCAGCAGAGACUGACGCUGUUCCGGCGCUCGGAGAGGCAAGAACUCAACGCCCUGGUGCGAACGAGGAUGAAACACUUGGGCCUUUCUCCAACUGGAUUCAAUGGGAUGACAGACCAAGGGAACAGAUUGUCUUAUAUCCUCAUCAACCCUUCUCCAGACACCAGACUGGAGCUGCACGACGUUGUGUACCUUAUCAGACCAGACCCCCUCUCUCUGGUACCCAAUCAGGGCGGCAACAGGAAGUGCAGCGCCGGGCUCUCAGAGAGCCACAGGUUCGAUAUGCAGGACAGCACCCAUCUGUGAGAGACAAAAAAGACA